GGGGUGAGAGUUGAGCUGCGGCCCGGGGCGGAGCGGAGGCCUCUUUGCCUGUGGAGUAGAUGAGCGGCGACCCGGCGAUGAGCGGCGACCCGGCCAACGCUGACUUUUACGAGCAGCUGCGAUUGCAGCAGCUACACGAGCGGGGUGGACAUGUGGGGGACGGCAAAACGAUGGUGGAUGAGGACGGCACGGAGUUCGAGUGGGACGAGGAGAAGAGGGCCUGGUUCCCCAAGAUAACUGAAGACUUUCUGGCAAAUUAUCAAGCGAAUUAUGGCUUCAUUGAAGAAACCUCUGCUGAUUCUGGAGGUGGCGCCACUAACACGGAGAAGUCUGGUGUGACUGAGAAGCCUUCGGGGCUCAGUACGUCUCAGAAAGACGCAAAAGGAGAAAAGAGGAAAGCUGAUGCGGGCUGGAUUGACGUUGAAGAACAGAAGAACACAAGUGUGUAUAUCACUGGAUUACCUCCAGACAUCACACCUGAUGAAUUUGUGGAGCUUAUGUCAAAGUAUGGGAUCAUCAUGCAAAAUCCAGAAACACUAGAAUAUAAAGUUAAAUUGUACAAGGACAAAGAAGGAAAUCUCAAGGGAGAUGGACUCUGCUCCUACCUAAAGAAAGAAUCUAUAGAUCUUGCACUCAAAUUUUUGGAUGAAACUGAGAUGAGGGGAUACAAGAUUCAUGUUGAAAUUGCCAGGUUUGAAAUGAAAGGAGAAUUUGAUGCCCGCAAAAAGAAGAAGAAAAGCAGAGAUUAUAAGAAGAAAUUGCUCAUGCAAAAGAAGCAGCUGGAUUGGAGACCAGAGAAGAAAGCUGGCCAAUCACGAUUAAGGCAUGAAAGAGUUAUUAUUCUUUGGAACAUGUUUCAUCCAACAGAUUUUGAGGCUGAUCCCAUGAUUAUAACUGAGAUCCAAGAAGACCUUAGAGUGGAAUGUGAAAAGUUUGGUCAAGUCAAGAAAGUACUUUUGUUUGAUAGACACCCCGAUGGAGUGGCCUCGGUGGCAUUUAAAGAACCAGAAGAAGCUGAUCAGUGUAAGCUUGUUCUUAAUGGAAGAUGGUUUGGUGGGCGCCAGAUAAUUGCUGAAACGUGGGAUGGUGUCGUGGAUUAUCAGGUUGACGAGACUGUAAAGGAAAGAGAGUAUCGAUUAAAAACCUGGGGGUCAUUUUUGGAUGAUGACCCAUCCAAGGUUAAAUCGGAUGACCAGAAGGCAGCACAGGCAAGCAACCAGGCACCUGUAGGAUUGUCUGCUGCCCCAGAAGAUGGAACACAAACUUCAGCAGAUGUUGGAGAACCAUCAGUAGACAGCUCAGCACCUUCGCAGGACUCUGUGGCUCCAUUAGUAGAUUGUGUGGCACCUUCAGAGAACGGUAAACAGCAGGGAGUGGUUGAUUCUGCAGCCGCAGUGGAAGAGGCAGAUGAAAAUUGUAAUGAGGAAGAUUUAUCAACAGAUAGUAGUAUUGAUGGGAGUGAUGAUGCAGAAGAGGAGGCAUGAAUGCUUAAAGGACUUUGUUUAAUAGCUGCUUUAAAUCAUUUUUACCUGGCAGAUUAUGAAAGAUGAGGUCCCAUUGCUGCAAACCUAGAAUAAUGGACCAUUAAAGACAUCCAGUCCAUCCAGCCUGCUUCACCCGGCUGUGAUGUCUCGUAGAAGAAAAAAUAUACAUCCUACCACAAAAUCUUCUGAGAUAGAGCAAGACAAAGAACACACGAACAACUCGGACUGGUUUAAAAAAAAUUGGGAUAGGGGUUGGAAUAGAAAAUAGGACUGCUUAAUAAAAGAGGUAAAGACCAUUGUUUCUACUUUGGGUCUUAAAUAUAAAUUAAUUUAAAGUGAACUUCCAUGUUUUAAAGGCACGUUUUCUUUCAACAGGCAUUUUAAAACAAACUAGGUAAGCAGAAUCAAUUCUAAUAACAAUUGAUUUCUCCUUUGGUGGUUCAUUGCUGUGAUCUAGUAUCAGAGCAUCUGAAAAAUGAUACUGGACAUCUUGUCCAGUUUUUGAUUUGAAUACAGCUCAAUGCACAUUAAUACAGUGUAUGUGUGUUGUAAUAUUAUUAAGAUCCAGGUUUUUGGUGACUUCCUUGGGAACUCCUGACAUUAGAGAGAAGAAGGUGGCACAAUGGUAGAUUUGCCACCUUACAGUGCCAGAGACCUCGGUUUGGUCCUGACUAUGGGUGCUGUCUGUACAGAGUUUGUACGUUCUCCCCAUGACCAUGUGGAUUUUCUCCGGGUGCUCCGGUUUCGUCCCACACUCUGAAGACAUAAAGGUUUGUAGGUUAAUUGGCUAUUAUAAUUGUAAAUUGUCCCUGGUUUGUUGGAUAGUGCUAGUGUACAGCGAUCACUGGUCAGCACGGACUCGGUUGGCCGAAGGGCCUGUUUCCGCGCUGUAUCUCUAAACUAAACUAAACUAUAUUUUGACCACCUGAAAGAUACGUUGAAAUAAAUCAAUAGUAUCAAGCCUUGUUCUAAGGUAGACCAGCAUCUGCAGUUCCUUCUUAAACAAACCUUGUUCUAAUACAUUUUGUCAACAUUCUCAUAAACAAAAUGGAUUUGAAUGGAAAAAAAUAUCACUGGUCCAUGCAGCUAAAUUCGUCCAGUAUUCCUGUUGUUUGAGUGAUUACAUAUUUUUGGAUUGUUUCCCGCAGCUCCUGUGAAUUUUGUAAGUGUUGGUUAUGUCCAUAAUGUCUUUAUUCUUACUUUAUAUUUUCACUCCAUGUCACAUUUUGCAGUGUGUUUUUGUUUGCUUUUGAUUUAAUUCAAAGUGGUCUUUACAAACUACUCAUUCUGCAUCAGGCUUUCGUGAUGUGCCAUUGGGGACUAUAGUGUUUUUAUUUUUUAAUUGUAUUUGAGAUGAUGCUGGUAGCAUUUUUACUGUGCCUAUUUCCAACCCGCCUCUUUAAAUUUGUUCACGGUCAGAGCUUCCAAAAUGUUAUUAUGUGAAGAAUUUUGAAACGUUUUGAUACGAAAGGCAAACUAGAAUGUUAUUGUGAGGAAUGGAUAAAUCCUUUUAGAAAUAAAAUAUUGGAAGUUAAUGCCAAAUCUCAUAAUUUUUGGUGAUCUUUUGGGAUUUGCGAAGUGAAAACAUAAUCAUUAAACAUUCAGGUGCACUUUCAGUGCAUUUUAAGGUGGACUUUUGACAUCACAAAUUUUGGAAAGAUUGCAUCACUAUCACUUCCACCAUGUUUAGUUGAGAGAUACAGCGUGAAAAUAGGCCCUUUGGCCCCCACCACUGAUACGCACUGACCAGCGAUUUCUCCGCGGAUUUUGAAAUACCAAGCCAAUUAACCUGCAAACCUGUACGUCUUCGGAGUGUGGGAGGAAACUGAAGAUCUCGGAGAAAACCCACAUGGUCAGAUGGAGAACGUAUGAACUCCGUGUAGCUAGCACACGUAGUCGGGAUGGAACCCGGGUUACUGGCAACUCUACUGCUGUGCCACUGUGUUCUUGCAGAGUGUUUGCAGUGUACCCCUUGGUUUGAUCUAAUUUAGUAUUGGCAGCAAUUCUGCAAGCUAAUUCUUUUUGCUUUAAUAUUCUGUAGUUUAUUGCUUAUACUGAAAUGUAAGGUGAUUAUUUUCCCAUAAAAUAAACAAUAGGCUGUGAUUGUUAUAAAUUGUCCAAUUAGAAAACU